CCAAGGCAUUUCAAAGCUUGCACUUGUUUACUUAAUAAAUCUUGCGCACAUUUAUAAUAUUGUGUGUUCAUUGUUCCAACAAUAAGUUGGCGAGAAUCGGGAAUGAAAAGUACGAUUUUCAUUGGUUUAGCAAUUAUUUGCUUGCAAUACAGCAAUGUAAAUACACUGGACAAUGGUCUAGCGAAACGUCCGCCAAUGGGAUGGAUGAGCUGGCAACGUUACCGUUGUAUUAUCGACUGUGAUACCUAUCCAAGUGAAUGCAUCAGUGAAUGGCUAUUCAAAAAUGUAACUGACCAUUUUAUAUCGGACGGUUACAAGGAGGCUGGCUACGAAUAUAUCAUUAUUGAUGAUUGUUGGAUGGAAAUGGAAAGAGAUCCAAUUACCCAAGAACUUGUACCGGAUCGAAAACGUUUUCCCAGUGGAAUGAAAGCAUUGGCCGAUUAUGUUCAUUCCAAAGGUUUAAAAUUUGGAAUUUAUGAAGAUUAUGGCACACACACGUGUAUGGGCGUGUAUCCUGGCGUCAUCAAUCACAUGGAAUUGGAUGCAAAUACAUUCGCCAAAUGGGAUGUUGAUUAUGUGAAAUUGGAUGGAUGUUACGCUGAAUUAGAUGACAUGGACAAGGGAUAUCCAGAAUUUGGUCGGUUAUUGAAUGCAACAGGUCGCCCCAUGGUAUAUUCAUGCAGCUGGCCGGUUUAUCAAGAAUAUAAUGGUAUUAUGCCCAACUAUGAAGCAUUAAAAAAACAUUGUAACUUAUGGCGAAACUGGGGUGAUAUUCAAGAUUCAUAUGUAAUACUCAAUGAAAUAACUGAAUAUUUCGCAAUGAAUGCAUCACGAAUUCAACCACAUGCCGGCCCUGGACAUUGGAAUGACCCCGAUAUGUUGCUCAUCGGAAACUAUGGCUUGUCAUUCGACCAAAGUAAAUCACAGAUGGCAAUCUGGGCAAUUUUGGCGGCACCACUUCUAAUGUCAAAUGAUUUGAAAAACAUUCGACCAGAAUUCCGUGAAAUUCUUAUUAAUCCACAAGUGAUUGCAGUAAAUCAAGAUGAAUUGGGCAUUCAAGGAACUCGGCUCAAGAUUGAUCAUGAAAUUGAGACAUGGAUCAGACCGAUAACUCCAGUUGCAAAUGGAUUGUAUUCAUACGCUGUUGCUUGGGCCAGUAAACGUGACGACGGUUCACCAUAUGCGAUUAAAGUUAAAUUAAGCGAUUUAGGAUUAACAUGUGAUAAAGGAUAUACAAUUACAGAUUUAUUUGAUGAAGAAAAUAAGCUCAACAACAUUUACAAUGUAAAUCACAAUAUUACGGUUCGAAUCAAUCCCUCGGGUGUUAUCUUCUACAAAUUUACACCAGCCGUACAUGAAAAUUCCGUUUAAACUAGCUAAAUAGCUGCAAUAAAUGUAUUUGUUCCUUUAUUUAUUCAAAGCAUA